CCCGACAUUUUCGUGAUCGUGGUGUUCUCGCGCCGACAACCGGCUUCGAUUCAACUGAUCCGCGAUCUGUUUCUCUAAUCGUUCCUUUCAUUUGGUUUGUUUUUCGACGAGGUGUAAUAAUGCAGGAGCACAAGUCGUUUCUCAUAAGGGAUCUUCUGGGGGAUGUUUUGUCCGAGAGGGUGCACGAAGAUUCCGAGGACGAUUCGGCCGUUCAUUCGGACUCUGAGGACACGAUCGACCCUGGAAGUAGCCCGUGCACCAGAUUGGAAAGUCCUCCGCCAGCGCUCUCGCCAUCUCCGGCGGCAGCGACGUCCGGCAAGUCCUGCGGAACGAGCAGCGGCCCUCCAAGCGGCAGGAAGCCCAGAAGAAGGCGGACUGCGUUCACCCAUGCUCAACUCGCUUACCUCGAGAGAAAAUUUCGCUGUCAGAAAUAUCUGAGCGUGGCAGAUCGAAGCGACGUGGCCGACGCCUUGUCGCUCUCCGAGACCCAAGUCAAAACGUGGUACCAGAACAGAAGAACAAAAUGGAAGCGGCAGAACCAACUGCGGCUGGAGCAGCUUCGGCAUCAAGCGACGGUGGAGAAGGAGUUGCUCGUACGAGGCGUGGGCCUUCACCACGGCAGCAUAGACGCCUACUCCACCGCCUCGACGGCCGCGUUCCUCUCGACGGCCGCGGCCCUCUUCCGGAACGUCACCUACGUCCACGGAUGCCCCCUCUAACCCGGCGUCACGCCGCGGUUCCAGGAUCCAGGUUUCUGCUUUCCGGCCGCCGGCAUUGGG